AUGUCCAUCGAAGUUGAUUGGGCAAGGGCCACAUCUGGCCCGGACGGAGAAGCGCUGGCAGAGCGUAUCCGCUCCUUUGUCCACGACAAGUUCCAGCAGGUCCCUUUACCGCGGUUCAUUCGCUCCGUCCAGGUCCAUUCCUUCGAUUUCGGAACAAUCGCUCCUGAUCUUGAGAUCAAGGACUUUUGCGAGCCAUUCGCCGACUUUUAUGAGGAAGACGAUGAUGACACCUCGGCCACCUCCGAGGAGCUCGCCGAUGAAUGGUCUGGCUCAUCAGCCUACGGCGAUGAAAUGUCCAUGAACCAUGCGGCUCACAGCCCACAUAACCUCAGUCACCACCCAUACCCCGGCGAGGACUAUCGGCCCUCAGCGCUGCGGUCUCCGCUUCCUCUGGGGGAUCACCUCAAUCCUCAUUUUUUGCCCCGCGCCGGCACCCCUGGCAUCCCCGGCGGCACAUCUACACUUGGUUAUCAUUUGAUGUCAUUGGGGGCAGGCGGAACACCAUUCACUGGCAGCUGGUCUGACUCGGGAAUGCCCAGUGGCCGGCCUCGACGCCCGUCGCGCGCUACUGGGCUCCAACAUCGCAUAGACGCCGACAUAGACACCACCAACUCCGCUUCUCGUCCCUCAACUGCCAAUACCCUACCAUCGCAUCCAUCCAUCGGCCAGACCGGAAGCAGCGGAUCGAAUCGCAAUACUGGUGACCCGGCCGAUAUACCCCAACAAUCCACCGAACCCGCGACCGAUCCUUCCGCCCCAAUCCCGCCUCGUAUGCGCGAACGCCGACCUGAAGAUUUCCAGAUUCUGUGUCAUGCAAAAUAUGCGGGUGACGUCCGAAUGUCCUUAACGGCAGAGAUUCUGCUGGAUUAUCCAAUGCCUAGCUUUGUCGGCCUGCCUCUUAAACUGAACGUGACAGGCAUCACCUUCGACGGUGUGGCUGUGGUUGCAUAUAUUCGCAAGCGUAUCCAUUUCUGCUUCUUGUCUCCCGAGGAUGCGGAUGCGCUGCUUGGCUCCGAGGAACAAAAUCAGAGCGGCCAGAAUUUAAGCGAGGACGGACGGCCCAAGUCCGGCGGCGACCAAAAGCGGCAGGGUGGGCUGUUGCAAGAGAUUCGAGUGGACAGCGAGAUAGGCCGCAAGGAGGAUGGCAAGCAGGUCUUGAAGAAUGUCGGCAAGGUCGAGCGCUUUGUGCUUGCUCAGGUCCGCCGUAUCUUUGAGGAGGAGCUAGUCUACCCCAGCUUCUGGACCUUCCUUAUUUAA